AUGGGAUCUGGUUCCCUUGGAUCUGGUGUCCUGGGAUCUGGCACUCUGGGAUCUGGUGUCCUGGGAUCUAGUGCACUGGGAUCUGGUGCCUUGGGAUGUGGUGCACUGGGAUCUGGGGCCCUGGGAUCUGGUGCUCUGGGAUCUGGUGCACUGGGAUCUGGUGCCCUGGGAUCUGGCGCUAUCGGAUCUGGUCCCCUGGUAUCUGGUGCACUGGGAUCUGGCACUCUGGGAUCUGGCGCUCUGGGAUCUGGUGUCCUGGGAUCUGGUGCCCUGGGAUCUGGUUCUCAGGGGUCUGGUGCCCUGGGAUCUGACGCUAUGGGAUCUGGUGCCCUGGGAUCUGGAUCUGGUGCUCUGGGGUCUGGCGCGCUGGGAUCUGGUGCCCUGGGAUCUGGUUAUCUGGGAUCUGGUACCCUGAGAUCUGGUGCUCUGGAAUCUAACGCUCUGGGAUCUGGUGCCCUGGGACCUGGUGCCCUGGGAUCUGUUGCCCUGGGACCUGGUGCCCUGGGACCUGGUGCCCUGGGACCUGGUGCCCUGGAAUCUGGUGCCCUGGGAUCUGGUGCCCUGGGAUCUGACGCUCUGGGAUCUGGUACUCUGGGACCUGGUGCCCUGGGACCUGGUGCCCUGGGACCUGGUGCUCUGGGACCUGGUGCCCUGGGAUCUGGUGCCUUGGGAUCUGGUUCCCUGGGACCUGGUGCCAUGGGACCUGGUGCUCUGGGACCUGGUGCCCUGGGACCUGGUGCCCUGGGACCUGGUGCCCUGGGAUCUGGUGCCCUGGGACCUGGUGCCCUGGGAUCUGUUGCCCUGGGACCUGGUGCCCUGGGAUCUGGUGCCCUGGGACCUGGUGCCAUGGGAUCUGGUGCUCUGGGACCUGGUGCCCUGGGAUCUGGUUCCCUGGGACCUGGUGCCCUGUGAUCUGGUGCUCUGGGAUCUGGUGCCAUGGGACCUGGUGUCCUGGGACCCGGUGCCAUGGGAUCUGGUGCUCUGGGAUCUGGUGCCCUGGGACCUGGUGCCAUGGGAUCUGGUGCUCUGGGAUCUGGUGUCCUGGGACCUGGUGCCCUGAGACCUGGUGCCAUGGGAUCUGGUGCCCUGGGACCUGGUAUUCUGGGACCUGGUGCCCUGGGACCUGGUGUUCUGGGACCUGGUGCUCUGGGAUCUGGUGCCCUGGGGUCUGGUGCCCUGGGAUCUGGUGCUCUGGGAUCUGGUGCCGUAGGACCUGGUGCCCCGGGACCUAGUGCCCUGAGACCUGGUGCCAUGGGAUCUGGUGCCCUGGGACCUGGUGCCCUGUGA